CGCCCCUGAAGCCCAUUUUCAGUUAAUAGUUUUACCUUCCCGAUCGAGUCGCGUGUGCACGGGAACCAUGCGCGCUUUUCAAGGGGGACGAAACUAACCUUUUCACCUCUUUUGGGAUGUGAAGAAUGUAGAUAGACUACACGUAUGUGUUAUUUACAUUAAACAGUAUUUUGAUUAAAUAGUUCGUUUUGUUGAUGAACUCUGCAAGAUACACAGAGUAUAGCUGUAGUUUUUGCAGCGGGUUGUAGCCUACGUGCGUUCUGGACGGUUGACUAAUGUGGAUCAGCGGACAGGGCACGCGACUCGAGUUGUUUAUUAUAACGUUUUACAAUAUCACCGUAGGCUUCGAGGAGGAGUAUCCUACAUAGGAAACCUGGGCAAGGUGGGGCAGAACCGGAGACCGUAAACGGGAUUAUUGAAAAACUCACGUUGCCUUGAAGCUUCCCACCGUAGUUGAACCACCGCAGCUACGCAGCGUUUUGGGGAAAAAAUAUUUUUCUAACCCAUUGGAAUUGGGGAAGCUUUAUUCCCAACUCCUUGGUGAUUAGUCUACGCUUCAAGUAGCCUAGGCUACAGAGAGCAGAACAGUUUGUAUUCACAAAAACGUCCGUUUGUUGUGAUUAUUUGCUUUGGAACAUACGUUUCAGGACGGAUUUGGGGGGAAUUAUUUCCCCAGCCUCGCUGGACCAUGGCGGACGACGACGUACUGUUUGAAGAUGUGUACGAGCUGUGUGAGGUCAUUGGAAAGGGUCCGUUCAGCGUGGUGAGGAGAUGUAUCAACAGAGACACAGGACAGCAGUUUGCUGUGAAGAUUGUAGAUGUGGCCCAGUUUACCUCCAGCCCUGGACUCAGCACAGAGGAUCUGAAGAGAGAGGCCAGUAUCUGCCACAUGCUGAAGCACCCUCACAUCGUAGAGCUGGUGGAGACAUACAGCUCAGAUGGCAUGCUCUACAUGGUCUUCGAGUUUAUGGAUGGAGCAGACCUGUGUUUUGAGAUCGUGAAGAGGGCAGAUGCUGGCUUUGUGUACAGUGAAGCAGUGGCCAGUCACUACAUGAGACAGAUCCUAGAGGCACUACGGUAUUGCCAUGACAACAACGUCAUCCAUCGAGACGUGAAGCCCCACUGUGUCCUCCUGGCGUCUAAAGAGAACAGCGCUCCAGUGAAGCUGGGAGGGUUCGGCGUGGCCAUCCAACUGGGAGAGUCAGGACUGGUGGCUGGAGGUCGUGUAGGAACACCCCACUUCAUGGCCCCAGAGGUGGUGAAGAGGGAGCCUUAUGGUAAGCCAGUAGAUGUGUGGGGCUGUGGCGUCAUCCUCUUCAUCCUGCUCUCUGGCUGCCUGCCCUUCUACGGCACAAAGGAACGCCUGUUUGAAGCCAUCUGCAGAGGCAAAUACAAGGUAUUAAACCCCAGGCAAUGGGGCCAUAUCUCAGAGAGCGCUAAAGACCUGGUGAGACGGAUGCUCAUGCUGGACCCUGCAGAGAGAAUCACUGUCUACGAGGCACUCAACCACCCCUGGCUCAAGGAGAGAGACCGUUAUGCCUAUAAGAUCCACCUGCUAGAGACGGUGGAACAGCUGAGGAAGUUCAACGCCAGGAGAAAGCUCAAGGGAGCCGUACUGGCAGCAGUCUCCAGCCACAAGUUUAACUCCUUCUACGGAGAUCCACCAGAGGAGAUGCCUGACUUCUCUGAAGACCCCACAUCCUCAGGACUACUUGCAGCAGAAAGGGCUGUGUCUCAGGUGCUGGACAGUCUUGAGGAGAUCCAUGCGUUGACCGACUGCAGUGAGAAAGAUAUGGACUUCCUACACAGUGUCUUCCAAGACGAGCAUCUACACACACUACUAGAUCUUUACGACAAGAUCAACACCAAGUCCUCCCCCCAGAUCAGAAACCCCUCUAGCGAUGCUGUGCAGAGAGCCAAAGAGAGCUCCACCCAAGACGACGCAAGUGCCGCUUUGAAACACCUGGAAUAUGUAUUGGAAGAGAUCUCUUGUUACCCGGAGAACCACGACGUCAAGGAGCUCAGACGGAUACUGACCCAGCCGCACUUUAUGGCCUUGCUCCAGACCCAUGACGUGGUGGCCCAUGAGGUGUACAGUGAUGAGGCUCUGAGGGUCACGCCCCCGCCCACCUCGCCCUACCUGAACGGAGAAUCGCCCGAGAGCACCAGCGGGGACAUGGACCUGGAGAACGUGACUCGAGUACGACUGGUGCAGUUCCAGAAGAACACUGACGAACCUAUGGGCAUCACGCUGAAGAUGAACGAUCUGAACCACUGUAUCGUAGCCAGGAUAAUGCACGGAGGAAUGAUCCACAGACAAGGAACACUGCAUGUAGGAGAUGAGAUCAGAGAGAUCAACAGCAUCAGUGUGGCCAACCAGACCGUAGAGCAACUCCAGAGGAUGUUGAAAGAGAUGCGAGGCAGCAUCACCUUUAAGAUAGUGCCAAGCUACCGGACACAAGGAUCCUCCUGUGAGAGAGACUCCCCCUCCACCUCCAGGCAAUCCCCUGCCAAUGGCACUGGCCACUCCAGUGUUAACAGUUCUAUCUUGGAUCUGCCGUCUACCAUCCAACCCAAGGGUCGACAGAUGGUCGUACCCAGACCUCCAAUCAAGGAUAAAAUGUCCAUCAAGAUCUAUGUGAGGGCCCAGUUUGAGUAUGACCCCUCCAGAGAUGACCUCAUCCCAUGCAAGGAGGCCGGGAUUCCCUUCCGGGUCGGUGACAUCAUCCAGAUCAUCAGUAAAGACGACCACAACUGGUGGCAGGGCAAACUGGAGAACACUAAGAACGCCACCGCAGGGCUCAUACCCUCACCAGAACUCCAGGAGUGGCGUGUGGCGUGUAUAGCCAUGGAGAAGACUAAGCAGGAGCAGCAGGCCAGCUGUACCUGGUUUGGCAAGAAGAAGAAGCAGUACAAAGACAAGUACCUGGCCAAGCACAACGCAGUAUUCGACCAACUAGAUCUCGUCACGUAUGAAGAGGUUGUGAAACUGCCUGCGUUUAAGAGGAAAACACUAGUCUUGUUAGGUGCCCAUGGAGUGGGCAGAAGACACAUCAAGAACACACUCAUCACAAAACACCCGGACAGAUUUGCCUACCCCAUCCCACAUACGACCAGACUUCCUAAGAAGGACGAGGAGAACGGGAAGAACUACUACUUUGUGUCACAUGACCAGAUGAUGCAGGACAUCAGUAACAAUGACUACCUGGAGUACGGUAGUCACGAGGACGCCAUGUACGGCACGAGGCUAGAGACCAUUCGCCAGAUCCACGAGCAGGGACUCAUCUCCAUACUGGACGUAGAGCCACAGGCCUUGAAGGUCCUGCGGACAGCAGAGUUUGCUCCCUACGUUGUUUUCAUCGCCGCGCCAACCAUCACCCCUGGCAUCAACGAGGAUGAGUCAUUGCAGCGUCUUCAGAAGGAGUCAGAGAUUCUUCAGAAGACCUAUGCCCAUUACUUUGACCAGACCAUAAUCAACAACGAGAUAGACGAGACCAUCAGACACCUAGAGGAGGCUAUAGACCUGGUCUGUACCACUGCACAGUGGAUCCCUGUGUCCUGGGUCUACUGAGGAUAGGAAGGAGCACCUUCUCUCCUCCCCUCUGUGUCUUUCUGGGUACACUGUACCUGUAUAGACACCACCCCCCCCUCUCCCCUCCAAUGACUCCUCUCUUUCUCUCCUCCCUCCUUCCUUUCUCACUGGGGAUGCAUCUCUGCGAUAACUCCCAUCAUUCCUUCGGAAAAGAAAAGCACCUCAACCAAUCAGAAACCUCUGUGUACUGCACAUGAUCUUCAGCAGCCAAUGAAACUCUGCCCUUACAGACUACCUAGCCGUAGUGUUGUAUAAACAAAUAAGUAUUGUCAUGUCUGUAUUAUCUAGGAGGCAACAUUUUUGCAGAUGUUUGUUUUAAAGAGACAGUACUGUAUCUCCUCCCCAGUAGUGCACUGCAGCCUUCUACAUCAUGUGACUGUCUGUGCCCCCAUCAGCCCAUCCAUCAUGGAUGUUGUAGUUCUUAGCUGUCCCUCUGUAGUUCUUCCCCUAAUCUACAAUUGCUGUUUGUGGGUAUUCUCUUCCUCUCUCUGGACAGACUGAAGGAAAAACACCACAGCCUCCCUUUAUCUGGAUCUCAUCCUCAACUUCUUUUAUUUAUCUGCUCAUUGACUCCUCUCCAUUAUUAGCCAUUAUCGUCUACUUCAUUCACAUAAUCUUUCUCUGUCACUCUCUUAUUGUUCAUGUAGUUCAGUUUCAUCUUGGUUCAUUUUGACUGUACAUGUUAUUACACCCGAGUGGCGCAAGCUACUGCAUCUCAGUGCUAGAGGCGUCACUACAGACCCUGGUUCGAUUUCAGGCUGUAUCACAACUGACCGUGAUUGGGAGUCCCAUAGGGUGGCCCACAUUUGGCCCAGCAUCGUCCGGGUUAGGCUGUCAUUGUAAAUAAGAAUUUGUUCUUAACUGACUUGCCUUAAAAAAUAUAUAUAUAAAAACCCUAGCCACCCACCUUCUCCCCUUCAUUCACACACUCAGACGGGGUACUGUCUCUUCUAAAUGAAUCCAUAAAUGUUUUAGACAUUUCAAUGAGGUCCCAUGCAUGUUGGACAUUCGCAAGCUUCCAUGCUGUCUGUCCGUGUUCCCCCAGUAACAUCCUCCCAACUGAAAACCAACAUUCCACACAUCUGGAAGACUCCACUUGACCAAGGAAGGAAGCAAGGGGAACAGGAAAUAACCAACAAAAAGAACCUUGACACCUAUGCACAUACCUUGGCAUUUCAGAUGACAUUUCUAAAACCAGAUUUUUUUCCAAAUCGACCAUGGUAUCGAUGUGUUUGUAAAAGCAAAUGUGUGGUAGAACUUUAUAAUUACUCCACCUAAUAAAGCAUUUAAUGAAUUAGUAAAUAGUAGACGUGGUGGGAGUAAUGAUUCACAAAUGAAUACAUGUAAGUAACCUAGUUAUUCAUACACAACUUAUUUAAUGAUUCAUAAGAUCAUAGGUUGUUUUUAAAAUAGGACCUUAUAAACCAUUUACUAAUUAUUAGUAACUCUUUUUGCGUGGCCUCAUCUAAAGUGUGGGCCACUGAUACUUUGUAAAUACUUUAAUGUUUUGAGUGCAGUAUAAUUUCUCACAAGAAGAUGGACAUGCCAUUGGUAGAGACAUUCCAGCAGUAUCUGAUGCUCCUCAAGGCCUUAAAACGGCCCCUAUAACAUAUCAAUGGUUAAACAAUAAGCACACAAUAGAGAUAAAAUAUAUUGAACAUUUUAUUCCAUCUAUUUAUCCAUCCAUGUAUUAAAUAUUGCGUAAUUUCGUCAGCUGUGUGAAUAAAUACUGGGUUUAUAUGUAUUAGAAAUUGGGAGUACCGGUUUGCAAAGUCUCCACCUUGGCAAAAAUAAACUUGGUUUGCAUUCGCAAGCUUAACAACAAUAGCAAAAUAUUCACAAUACAACUCUUCCUCAAGUCCUUGCAACGGUUGUGUGACAACAGUUCUUGUGAAUAAUGUUCAAUAUAGUUAUUUUAACAUCCCUUUGUUUUAUGCCUAUUAUUUUACCAUUGAUAUGUUCUAGGCUAUUUUGAGACCUUAAGAAGCAUCAGAUACUGCUGGAAUGUCUCUACCAAUUUCUCUUCUUGUGAGAAAUUAUACUGCACUCAAAACAAAGUAUUUAUAAAGUACAAAUAGCCCACACAUUAGAUGAGGCCACGCAAAAAGACAAAUUAUUAUUAAAGAGUUCAUAAGGACCUAUAUUAAACAGCUUAUGAAUGGAUUAAUGAUGAAUAAACUAUUUACUAAUCCAUUAAAUGCUUUAUCACAUGUAGAUAUAAAGUUCCACCAAAAUUGUCUGUGAUUUGUUGUAUAAGAUAAUCAAGAGGGGAGGGGAUAAAAUUACAACUGAUUGCUGAUUUGCCAUUUCAGAAAUGUGUUGUCUGAGAGUAUUUCAAUGAAGUUUAAUCAAUGAAAGAUGAAUGCUGAUUUGUAUUCUGCAACUGUAUAACUAUAUGGAAAGGCUAUUUACACUACGUUUUGCAAGGUGAAGUCUUUGCAACGAAAUAGGAGGUAGUUUGUGCAUCUGAAUAACCGUGUAUAUGAAAUAUGACUGAUGAUAUGAUUGCCCCAGUGUAAAAUAGUCUACAAUGAUAAAGUUCUUCAGUAUGAACAGUUUUUUUUCACAUAUAUUUCCUUUUAUGUGUUGGAAAAAGUAA